UCGGCCUAUAAAUAAUAGCGGCGCCGGCAGUUCCUUCGCGACCGCGUGGUUCUUACGACGGACGAUCCUCCCUCCCUCACUGCGCGUACCCUUGGGCGGCGGCGGCGACUAUGGCCAAGGGGCGCAGGCGCGGGGCGGAGCGGCUCCUCGGCCCCACCGCCCGUUGCGAUGGCGGAGGCGCCGCCGAUCUUCCCGACCUCUCCGAGGACGACGUCUGGCCCGCCGUCCUCACCGCCGCCGACGAUCACCCGGCCUUCUCCGCCGCCGUGGACGACGGCGACCACCACGAUAUGGGCCGGCCCGGGACGGGCCUCACCGGCGCCCGCCGCUGGGCCGAUCGGCACGUCGGCGGGCUCUCCCUGGCAUUGGAGGACGCGUACCCAGGGGCGCCGGCCCCCCAUCCGCCGUACGAGCGGCACCGCGUGGUGGCGGCGGCGGCUUCGGCUCCCGUGGACGUGCCGGCGUGGCCGUGGGCGCUCCGGACCCGCUCUGGAGGGCCGUCACCGGAGCGGGAGGAAGAAGACGCGGAUGGGGAGUGGCUGCCGCCGCACGAGUACUUGGCCAGGGCGCACGGGAGGUGCCUGGCGACGUCGGUUCUGGAAGGCGCGGGGAGGACCCUCAAAGGCCGCGACAUGAGCCGGGUUCGCGACGCAGUUUGGAGCCAGACCGGCUUCUCCGGUUGAACCUGUAAUCCGUCCACCCGAGCCGUCCCGACUUUUGAAGCACUCCUUUCCUCUCUCUUUACAACACCCCGCCUUCUUUUUUCCUUUUCCCAAAAACAAGCAAACAUAAAAAAAGUGAGAUUAUUGAUGUGUGUUGGAACUGUGACUUGGCCAUGCGCCUGUUGUCGAAUAAUGAUAAUAAAAUAGUUCACAGCAA